AUGAACAUCACGGCAACGCCUGACGUUGAUGAUCAAGAUGAGGUGAUUUUCACGAAGGAAGAAGCUCAGAAGUUUGAAAAGUACUGCCAAUCCAUUCUACUCUCUCCACCGUCUCUUGAAGAAUUAGAACCUGUGGAUGCUGUUGAUGUUGUCGAUGCGGAAACACUCGAAGAUGCACCUAUUGUUGAUUUUGGCGAGGAACCAAUGGAAUUCGAAGCUGCCGAACAUGAAUUGACAGCUAAGAAUCUCAUUCUGUACCAGUUCAACGGGGCCGAACGGCCUGGAGCUUCGGAACCAAUUUUGACGGUAUCCCGCAAGGGCACGAAAGUUGACCUUACGUUCGGCCGCAUUAUUGCUUUAGCUGGGGAUCACUACAGCAAUCGCGAUAGUAACCGCACGCCUAUAUGCGGCGCGUUUUAUGACGUCGAUAAGUCAUCUAAGGGUAAAAUCGAUCGGUUUCAGUCUGCCGUGACCAGUUUGGUUGAAGACCAAGAUGGCUAUUUACAUGCAAUCAAUUCAUUAGUUAAUCACGAAUGGGAUGGCGUCGUGUUAGCGGAAAAGGAAUAUCGAAGUGUGAAACAAGUUUAUCACAAUCACCAGUGUGGUUUACCUACCGACGAAAAGUUCUUUUGGGCCGACGUGGCAUGGUCCCCAAACGUCUUGAAAUCAACGAGUAUUUAUUCCUGGUUGGGCUGGCUGAACGCGGAUCACUUCGGCGACGAUGCCGUUGAAUGUUAUAAAGCUGGCCACCAGCUUGCUAUGGAAAAAGCACGUGCAGCCGCAAAGGAGACGACUAAAGAUGGAAAGCAUCAAAAGCUCCGUGAGGCCUACGUAUAUGACGCUUUUGCGUGUCAUUUCCUCACAGAUCUAUUCAGUUCUGGCCAUCUGAGAUCACCUAGGAAGGAAUUGCACUGUAGUGAUUACAUGACAAUGACGGCCAGUACUGCACUCGGCUUUUUGCCCCACAGCAAAGGGGAAGUACCAGUGUAUGAUCACCAUGCGAGAUACAUGCACGACGAUGAUUGCGCCACGGGCCUCCUAGUCAAGAACAAGAAAGGAGAUCAGUGGAUUUGUUAUGGAGAUAAGCAACUCCUUGAGCCUUGCAACCUGAUCAAUCUAGCUAAAGUUCAGGACUGCGUUCAAGAGUCCGUUAGGGAGAUAUACAACAAAGCAUUCCGAGGCACGGAUGACAUCGAUGUAGAGAACUUUAUCGCUUUAGACCUUAUUCCACAGCCUAUGGUCGCAAACGAUGAACUCUCAUGGAAAGAAGCCUGGGGUAGUUAUGACAUUCAUAACUCAGCACCACUUUGGAAUGUCAAUACUGGUGAGAAAAACGGCAAAAAGACUUUCACAUGCCGAUCAAAUCUCAACGAUCACUCUGAUUUCAAUCGCAAAGAAUGUUCGCCAGAAGCAGGAUGGAACGGUCCCGUCCCAACAGCCAAUCAAGAUUGCAAAAAUAUUAGGGACAGCACAUAUCGUGGAGACGAUCAGUUCACUGCAAGCCAAGAUGUUGAAGAACUCAUCAGAGCGGGAUUUGUGCAGGUUCAAGAUUUGGACUACCAUCAAACAUGUGUCAACGUGUGGGCACAAGCUGCUGUCGGAGGCGGGACCUCAAGUGGUGAGCGUGAUACAUUCACUAUCAGAAGACGCUUUUUGAAUCUUGAUGGAGGCAGUCCAAGAGAACAAGUAACCAAUCUCCACUGGUUACGGUGGUAUAAUCCAACAACAAGAAACACCAGUUUGUUCAAGCUCGAUUGGAUGGCAAAAGGAUCAGAGUCGGAUAUCUUGCUCUCUGGCUAUACCCUCGAAAGCCUUGGCAAUCAGAGUACCGAAUAUGAUCCCACUUACCACGCUGGAGAAGAACAUCAGCCUAAGGCAGUGAUAUUGUUCUCGAAAAAGUCUCUACUUACAGGGUUACCUAGUGAACCAGGCAGGGCCAACCUAACUCGAUUUCUCCUGGGGAACUUUACGGCAAACAAGAGCACAUCAGUCGUAGAUCUUGCAACCGUCAGCUUUGCUAAUGAUGGGGUAGUCAGUAUUAUUGUCCAGUCAAUUGACGGAAACCAGUUUGGUACCUCAAUUCUACAGAAGUGGCCAGAUAACUUAGGUUUCAGAUGCUGGAUUAAGACUUUGAAAACUACGGAUCAAAAGGACAACAUUUUGAUUAUCUCGCUCAUAAGGUCAUUUAAGAACAGAUGCUACUUCAAGGUUUCUCGAAUAUGGGUCAAUGCAACUUCCAUGCUCGAAAAAGCUGAAUACAUGUUCGAAAAUUAUUGGACAGGUUCCGCUUACGAUGUCAACGUUUUGGUGGGGGAUGUUCUGGGCCGCGGAAAACAGGACAUUAUCGUUUCAGCAGAUGGCGAUCAGCAGAUUCACGGCUCUAUCAGUGUUUUCAGCUUUUCAGACGACAUGACUUCCUUGCAAGCCAAAGGCAGACAUCAGUGCGACGGUGCUGAUACCGAAAUCGUCAACCCCUGCUUCACAGCACUAAUACCCUCAGCAAAGCGCGAUAGAAACCAGCUUGAUGUUCUCACAGUUCGACUACAGAGGAAGGACAAGAAAAAUUACGUAUGUUUUCACACUCACACAAGCAAACCGCAGGCAGCAGAGAAGGAUCCUUGGUCUCAAUGUCAUACCUCAAAGUUCGAGGAUACCCUUUCCGCUAAUAAAAACUACUUUCAUAUCAAAUGGCUUCGAUGCAGUACUGCCACAUCCUUCAACGCAGUAAUGGAAGUCUUUAGUUACUAUGGAAUUCUCGGUGUGCGGGUCUUUGCCCCAUUAAAUAAAACCAAUGUGGACUGGGUUCAAGUAGGAUUUCUCCCCUAUCUUGGUCAAACUUCCAUUGGUGCUGGUCUUGGAUGUUACCGAGAUUGGGGAUAUGGCUUUAUGCCAUGGGGCGAGGCAAAAGAGUUUGAGGAUAUCAAUGAGUGGUCCUCCUGGAGAAAUAUCGGCGCUUAUGGGAUGAGCGAGAAGGAUACAGAGCUUACCAACGUACGAGGCUUUGAAGUUGGGAAACGGAGGUACUAG